GCCAAGCCAGAGAUGUCCGACAAGAUGUCAAGCUUCUUGCAUAUUGGAGACAUUUGUUCUUUGUACGCAGAAGGCUCAACAAAUGGAUUUAUCAGCACUUUGGGACUUGUGGACGAUCGGUGUGUUGUACAACCAGAAGCAGGGGAUCUUCACAGCCCUCCGAAGAAAUUCAGAGAUUGCCUCUUCAAGUUAUGCCCCAUGAACCGCUACUCUGCACAGAAGCAGUUCUGGAAAGCUGCAAAGCCAGGAGCAAACAGCACAACCGAUUCCGUGCUGCUCAACAAACUGCAUCAUGCAGCUGAUUUGGAGAAGAAGCAGAAUGAAACAGAAAAUAAAAAGCUGCUGGGUACGGUUAUCCAAUAUGGCAAUGUUAUUCAGCUUUUGCACUUAAAGAGCAACAAAUACUUAACAGUAAAUAAAAGGCUUCCAGCUCUGCUAGAGAAGAAUGCUAUGAGGGUGACGCUGGACGAAGCUGGCAACGAGGGUUCCUGGUUUUACAUCCAGCCAUUCUACAAGUUGCGUUCCAUAGGAGACAGCGUGGUCAUAGGUGACAAGGUAGUGUUGAAUCCUGUGAAUGCUGGACAGCCGCUGCACGCCAGUACUCAUCAACUAGUGGACAAUCCUGGCUGCAAUGAAGUGAACUCUGUGAAUUGUACUACAAGCUGGAAAAUUGUCCUCUUCAUGAAAUGGAGCGAUAAUAAAGAUGAUAUCCUAAAAGGGGGGGAUGUAGUGCGGUUGUUCCAUGCGGAGCAGGAAAAGUUUCUGACUUGUGACGAACACAGAAAAAAACAGCAUGUCUUUCUAAGGACCACUGGCAGACAAUCAGCUACUUCGGCAACUAGCUCAAAAGCCCUGUGGGAAGUUGAGGUAGUACAACAUGAUCCUUGUCGAGGUGGUGCGGGAUACUGGAAUAGCCUUUUUCGAUUCAAACAUCUUGCUACUGGACAUUACUUGGCAGCUGAGAUGGAUCCUGACCAAGAGGCAGCGAGAAGGGGAUUGCAUAACACCCCAGAGAAGAUGGCGUACUCUCUGGUUUCUGUACCGGAAGGAAAUGAUAUAUCAUCCAUCUUUGAACUUGAUCCCACUACUUUGCGAGGGGGAGACAGCCUAGUUCCAAGGAACUCCUAUGUCAGACUUAGACAUCUUUGUACAAAUACCUGGGUUCAUAGCACCAAUAUCCCCAUUGAUAAAGAGGAAGAAAAACCUGUGAUGCUUAAAAUUGGCACCUCUCCAGUAAAAGAGGAUAAAGAAGCUUUUGCUAUAGUACCAGUUUCUCCUGCUGAAGUUCGGGACUUGGAUUUUGCAAACGAUGCAAGCAAAGUGUUGGGUUCCAUUGCUGGCAAGCUGGAAAAAGGAACAAUAACCCAGAAUGAAAGGAGAUCUGUUACCAAGUUGCUAGAAGAUCUGGUAUAUUUUGUUACCGGUGGAACCAAUUCUGGACAAGAUGUGCUUGAGGUGAUGUUUGCAAAGCCAAAUCGAGAGCGGCAAAAGCUAAUGAGGGAGCAAAAUAUCCUGAAACAGAUCUUCAAGUUAUUACAAGCACCAUUUACUGACUGUGGAGAUGGACCAAUGUUGAGACUGGAAGAACUUGGAGAUCAACGUCAUGCUCCUUUCCGACACAUAUGCCGACUUUGUUACAGAGUCCUGAGACACUCCCAGCAGGACUACCGGAAGAAUCAGGAAUAUAUAGCCAAGCAGUUCGGCUUUAUGCAGAAACAAAUUGGCUACGAUGUCUUGGCAGAAGACACCAUCACAGCAUUGCUCCAUAACAACCGCAAGUUGCUGGAGAAGCAUAUCACUGCUGCUGAGAUCGAUACCUUUGUUAGUCUUGUAAGGAAAAACAGAGAGCCCAGGUUCUUGGAUUACCUCUCAGAUCUUUGCGUUUCCAUGAACAAAUCUAUUCCAGUGACCCAGGAGCUGAUUUGUAAAGCUGUGCUGAACCCUGCAAAUGCAGAUAUUCUAAUUGAAACAAAGCUGGUCCUGUCUCGGUUUGAAUUUGAAGAAUUAUCAUCUGGAGAAAACUCAUUGGAGGUUGGUGAGGAUGAGGAAGAAGUCUGGUUAUUCUGGAAAGACAGCAACAAAGAGGUCCGCAGUAAAAGUAUCAGAGAGCUGGCUCAGGAUGCUAAAGAAGGGCAGAAGGAAGACCGGGAUGUACUCAGCUACUACAGGUACCAGCUGAAUCUUUUUGCCAGGAUGUGUCUUGAUCGGCAGUACUUGGCUAUAAAUGAAAUAUCCGGCCAACUCGACGUAGACCUCAUCCUCCGAUGCAUGUCUGAUGAAAAUCUACCAUAUGAUUUGAGGGCUUCCUUUUGCCGGCUGAUGCUGCACAUGCACGUUGACCGUGAUCCCCAAGAACAAGUGACGCCCGUAAAAUAUGCCCGGUUAUGGUCAGAAAUACCUUCUGAAAUUGCUAUUGAUGACUAUGACAGCAGCGGAACUUCCAAAGAUGAAAUUAAAGAGCGGUUUGCCCAGACCAUGGACUUUGUGGAAGAAUAUUUAAGAGACGUUGUCUGCCAGAGAUUCCCUUUCUCAGAUAAAGAAAAAAACAAACUCACUUUUGAGGUGGUAAACUUGGCCAGAAACCUAAUUUAUUUUGGCUUCUACAAUUUUUGUGACCUCCUAAGACUAACAAAAAUCCUCCUGGCUAUUUUGGACUGCGUGCAUGUUGCUACUAUCUUUCCUAUAGCCAAAGUGGCCAAAGGAGAAGAAAGUAAAGGGAGCAACGUGAUGCGAUCAAUCCAUGGAGUGGGAGAGCUGAUGACCCAAGUUGUACUCAGGGGCGGUGGGUUCUUGCCCAUAACACCACUUGCUGCUGCCCCGGAGGGUAACGUGAAACAGGCUGAACCUGAGAAAGAGGACAUCUUGGUAAUGGACACCAAGCUGAAAAUCAUUGAAAUACUUCAGUUUAUUUUGAAUGUGAGAUUGGAUUACAGAAUCUCCUGCCUUCUGUGUAUAUUCAAGCGUGAGUUUGAUGAAAGCAAUGCCCAGUCACCUGACUCCCCUACAGGAAGCAAUAACCAAGAACUGCCAAAUGUACCAGGAGCUCUUGACUUUGAACAUAUUGAAGAACAAGCGGAGGGCAUAUUUGGAGGUAGUGAAGAGAAUACGCCACUAGAUUUGGAUGAUCAUGGUGGCAGAACUUUCCUUAGAGUGCUGCUCCAUUUAACAAUGCACGAUUAUCCCCCGCUCGUAUCUGGAGCACUUCAGCUACUAUUCAGGCAUUUUAGUCAGAGACAAGAAGUCCUUCAAGCCUUCAAGCAGGUUCAACUACUUGUUACCAGCCAAGAUGUUGACAACUACAAGCAGAUAAAACAAGAUUUGGAUCAGCUAAGAUCUAUUGUGGAAAAAUCAGAGCUCUGGGUGUACAAAGGCCAGGGACCUGAUGAGACGAUGGAUGUCGCAGCGGGAGAAAACGAACAUAAGAAGAAGGAGGAAGGCCACAGCAAAUCCCGGAAACCUGAAAGCACUAGUAGCUAUAAUUACAGGGUUGUAAAAGAGAUUUUGCUUCGACUUAGCAAGCUUUGUGUCCAAGAGAGCAUCGUGGUCAGGAAAAGCCGAAAGCAGCAGCAGAGGUUACUCCGAAACAUGGGAGCUCACACUGUGGUUCUAGAGCUUUUACAAAUCCCAUAUGAGAAAGCUGAGGAUACAAGGAUGCAGGAGAUCAUGAAACUUGCUCACGAGUUUCUGCAAAACUUCUGUGCUGGCAACCAACAGAAUCAGGCCUUGCUGCACAAACAUAUAAAUCUGUUUCUUAACCCUGGGAUCUUGGAGGCGGUGACAAUGCAGCAUAUCUUCAUGAAUAACUUCCAGCUUUGCAGCGAGAUUAACGAGCGGGUGGUUCAGCACUUUGUGCACUGCAUUGAAACCCAUGGAAGGAAUGUCCAAUACAUAAAGUUCCUACAGACGAUAGUCAAGGCUGAGGGAAAGUUCAUUAAGAAGUGUCAAGAUAUGGUCAUGGCUGAGCUUGUCAAUGCAGGAGAAGAUGUCCUUGUGUUCUACAACGACAGAGCCUCUUUCCAGACACUUGUGCAGAUGAUGAGAUCUGAGCGGGACAGGAUGGAUGAGAACAGUUCCCUGAUGUAUCACAUCCAUUUAGUGGAACUGUUGGCUGUCUGCACCGAGGGCAAAAAUGUCUACACAGAAAUCAAGUGCAAUUCUCUCCUCCCUUUGGAUGAUAUUGUUAGAGUUGUCACCCAUGAAGACUGUAUACCUGAGGUUAAAAUUGCCUAUAUCAACUUCCUAAAUCAUUGCUACGUAGACACAGAAGUUGAAAUGAAAGAGAUUUACACAAGCAAUCACAUGUGGAAGCUCUUCGAAAACUUCCUUGUUGACAUUUGCAGGGCUUGCAACAACACUAGUGACAGGAAGCACGCAGACUUCAUAUUAGAGAAGUAUGUGACUGAAAUAGUGAUGAGUAUAGUUACGACUUUCUUCAGUUCUCCAUUCUCAGAUCAGAGCACCACUCUGCAGACUCGACAACCUGUAUUUGUGCAACUCUUGCAAGGGGUGUUCAGAGUAUACCACUGCAACUGGUUAAUGCCCAGCCAGAAAGCGUCGGUGGAGAGCUGCAUCAGAGUACUUUCAGAUGUAGCAAAGAGCAGAGCAAUUGCUAUCCCUGUCGACUUGGACAGUCAAGUCAACAACCUAUUCCUGAAAUCUCAUAACAUAGUCCAAAAAACCGCCAUGAACUGGAGAAUGACAGCCAGGAACGCUGCUCGGAGAGACUCUGUGAUGGCUGCUUCCAGGGAUUACCGCAACAUUAUUGAAAGAUUGCAGGAUAUAGUGUCAGCUUUGGAAGAUCGUUUACGUCCUCUUGUCCAGGCUGAGUUAUCUGUACUGGUGGAUGUCCUUCAUCGUCCAGAGCUGCUCUUCCCAGAGAAUACAGAUGCAAGGAGGAAGUGUGAAAGUGGAGGUUUCAUUUGCAAGUUAAUAAAACACACUAAACAGCUUCUGGAAGAGAAUGAGGAGAAACUGUGUAUUAAAGUAUUGCAGACACUCAGGGAAAUGAUGACCAAAGAUAGAGGCUAUGGAGAGAAGCUGAUUGCACUUGGUGAAUUGGAUAAUGCUGAGCUGGCACAGCCACCGGAAACGGAUUGCUCUGUGCAGGAACUUGAUCAAAGUCAAACACAGAGGCAGCUUGAAGAUCGUAAAAGGGGUGAGGCACUCAGACAGGUGUUGGUCAACCGCUACUAUGGCAACGUCCGAACAGCAGGAAGAAGAGAGAGCCUCACUAGUUUUGGCAAUGGCCCAUUAUCUUCUGGAGGCCCUAGUAAAGCGGGAGGAGGAGGAGGAGGGUCUGGUUCCAGCGCAGCAAGCCGUGGCGAAAUGAGCUUGGCAGAAGUUCAGUGUCAUCUGGACAAAGAAGGGGCAUCCAACUUGGUCAUAGAUCUCAUCAUGAAUGCCACCAGUGAUAGAGUUUUUCAUGAGAGCAUUCUUCUAGCCAUUGCCCUCCUGGAAGGUGGUAACACUAUUAUACAGCACUCAUUUUUUUGCCGGCUAACUGAAGAUAAAAAAUCAGAAAAAUUCUUCAAAGUGUUUUAUGAUCGCAUGAAAGUAGCCCAGCAAGAAAUCAAGGCUACAGUCACCGUUAACACUAGUGAUUUGGGAAAUAAAAAGAAAGACAAUGACUCAGACAGGGAUGUACCUGCCCGGAGAAAAGUGUUGAGGGAACCCAUGACCCAGAUUACGGAGGAUGCUCGAGAUCAGUUGGUCGAAGCCUCUGCUGUUACAAGGAAGGCCUAUAACACUUACAGGAGGGAAGCGGAUCCCGAUGACCAUUACUCGGCUGGGGAAGGUGCACAGUCUGCAGCAGAGAAGAACAAAGAUGAGUUGGAGAUGAGUCCUGUGAUCACGAUAAUGCAACCCAUUCUACGGUUCUUGCAGCUGCUGUGCGAAAACCACAAUCGGGACCUGCAGAACUUUCUGCGUUGUCAAAACAACAAAACUAAUUACAACUUAGUGUGUGAGACUCUGCAGUUUCUGGACUGCAUUUGUGGAAGCACAACCGGAGGGCUUGGACUUCUUGGUCUAUACAUCAAUGAGAAGAAUGUAGCACUGAUCAACCAGACACUGGAAAGUUUGACAGAGUACUGCCAGGGACCAUGCCAUGAAAACCAGAACUGCAUUGCUACUCAUGAGUCCAAUGGUAUUGAUAUAAUCACAGCAUUAAUUCUCAAUGACAUCAAUCCUCUGGGAAAGAAAAGGAUGGACCUUGUAUUAGAAUUGAAGAAUAAUGCGUCUAAGUUACUUUUGGCAAUAAUGGAAAGCAGACAUGACAGUGAGAAUGCAGAAAGAAUCCUCUAUAACAUGAGACCCAAAGAAUUGGUGGAAGUGAUAAAGAAGGCUUAUCUGCAAGGAGAGGUUGAGUUUGAGGAUGGAGAGAAUGGGGAAGAUCUUGCAGCAUCCCCCAGAAAUGUGGGCCAUAAUAUUUACAUAUUAGCCCAUCAGCUGGCUCGUCAUAACAAAGAAUUGCAGAACAUGUUGAAGCCUGGAGGUCAAGUAGAAGGAGAUGAAGCUUUGGAGUUCUAUGCCAAGCACACAGCUCAGAUCGAGAUUGUUCGAUCAGAUCGUACUAUGGAGCAAAUAGUCUUUCCCGUGCCCAGUAUAUGUGAAUUCCUCACCAAGGAAUCAAAACUACGGAUAUACUACACCACAGAAAGGGAUGAGCAAGGCAGUAAAAUAAAUGACUUCUUCCUGAGAUCAGAAGAUCUAUUCAAUGAAAUGAACUGGCAAAAGAAGCUAAGAGCUCAGCCGAUUUUGUACUGGUGCUCACGCAACAUGUCCUUCUGGAGCAGCAUUUCAUUUAACCUUGCAGUUCUCAUGAAUCUACUCGUAGCAUUUUUUUAUCCAUUCAAAGGAAUCAAAGGAGGUACUCUCGAGCCCCACUUGUCGGGCUUACUCUGGACAGCCAUGCUGAUAUCGUUGGCCAUUGUUAUUGCCUUGCCUAAACCCCACGGCAUUAGAGCUUUAAUUGCUUCCACAAUAUUGCGGCUAAUAUUUUCAGUCGGUUUACAGCCAACGUUAUUUCUCCUGGGAGCUUUCAAUGUUUGUAACAAAAUAAUCUUUCUGAUGAGUUUUGUCGGUAACUGUGGAACUUUCACUAGAGGAUACAAAGCCAUGAUCAUGGACGUUGAAUUCCUUUAUCACCUACUGUACCUUCUUAUUUGUGCAAUGGGGCUGUUUGUUCAUGAAUUUUUCUACAGUUUGCUGCUAUUUGACUUGGUUUACAGAGAGGAGACCUUGCUGAACGUCAUUAAAAGUGUCACUCGUAAUGGACGUUCCAUUAUCUUGACUGCUGUUCUUGCUCUCAUCUUGGUUUACCUGUUCUCGAUAGUGGGCUACCUGUUUUUCAAGGAUGACUUCAUCUUGGAAGUCGACAAAUUACCUAAUGAAACAAUAUUACCAGAUCAGCACACUGAAACGGGUGAAAAAAUGACCAGGGAGUUUCUGUAUUCUGAUGUAUGUAGGAUAGAGAACGGGGAAAAUUGUUCUUCUGUUGUUGCUUCAGCAGAGCUGAUUUCUACAGAAGCUGAGGAAGAGGAUAAAGAGCACACAUGUGAGACAUUGCUGAUGUGCAUUAUUACUGUGCUUAGUCAUGGCCUGCGGAGUGGGGGCGGAGUAGGAGACGUGCUCAGGAAACCAUCCAAGGAGGAACCCCUUUUUGCUGCAAGAGUGAUCUAUGACCUUCUCUUCUUCUUCAUGGUGAUCAUUAUUGUCCUCAACCUGAUUUUUGGUGUUAUCAUUGACACCUUUGCUGAUCUCAGAAGUGAGAAACAGAAGAAAGAAGAAGUAUUGAAAACAACUUGUUUUAUUUGUGGUCUGGAAAGAGACAAGUUUGAUAACAAGACAGUCACUUUCGAAGAGCAUAUUAAAGAGGAGCACAACAUGUGGCACUAUUUGUUUUUUAUUGUCUUAGUCAAAGUAAAAGACUCCACUGAAUAUACAGGCCCUGAAAGUUAUGUGGCAGAAAUGAUAAAGGAAAGAAAUCUGGAUUGGUUCCCCCGGAUGCGUGCCAUGUCACUUGUGAGUAGUGAUGCUGAAGGAGAACAGAAUGAACUUAGAAAUUUGCAAGAAAAGCUUGAAUCUACUAUGAAGCUGGUAUCCAAUCUUUCCAGUCAGCUGUCUGAGCUUAAAGAUCAGAUGACAGAACAGAGGAAGCAAAAGCAACGUAUUGGUCUCCUAGGACAUCCUCCUUCCAUCAAUGUGAACCCACAGCAACCAGCAUAAAUCGGAUGGGUGGCUAGUCCCCCCCCCCCACUUCAUAACAAGAGUUGAGAUUCAACCCUUAAAGCUGCUUCUGUGUAUGUGUAGCUCAUUAUGUAAAUAACCGUGGGUUUUAUACUGUAUGUAUAGGAUUACCAUGGGAAAGAAUGGGUUUAUAUAUAUUGGCACAUCCUGAGAGGGGGGGUUACAUUUGUGCCAAAAAAAUGCCUUUUUAUAAGAAGUAUGGGGUGGAUCUGACUUGCACUUGAAGAGGAUUAUUGACUAAAAUAGUACGUGAUCUGUAUUUUGUAUUUAAAAGCUUCAGAUAACUAGUAUUUAUGGUUUUUUUAUACAGUUGUGCAAUAUGAAUGAUGCAGUCACACUAUAUGUGUAACUUACUCCUGCGUGUCCUAAAGGGAGUGCACAUCGUUGAG